AUGGUUCCCCUCGAGAACCUGCGUGUCGCCGUUGCCUUGGGUAGGUAUCUCGAUCCUGCUUUCUUGGACCAACAGCUCUUUGACGAGCUGCGGGCUGUGCCUGGCGAGAUUACCCUAGAAGCCAAUAAACGGUCGGGAAGACGGGUCCCGCUGCACCUUCAAGAUGCGGCUUUCAAGUCUACGGCGUCGAGACCGACGAUCUACCGCAAGCGCCUUGGAAUGGCUAACAGCGCCUCUCCAACCUCCGCCCGUCCGGGCAGACAAGGUCUCACUAGGGCAGACGAGAUGAAGUCGUCACCCUUGCCCAAGUCCACCUCGCUCAAAAUGCCAGCUUGGUACAUCGAAUUCUCCCCGGCGAAGUCCCUUCGUGACCGCCCAAUUGAGCGUCUGCCCCUACCAGGGGCCACUGACAGGGCGCUACAAGCGCACCCGAGAAGGCAGGAGACUUACUGCACGGAUAGUCCACGAUGGGUUACUCAGCUUGUCCAUCGCAACCUUCACCAUUCGCCUUCAUCGCCACCGGCCACAUUAACGUGCGGCUUCAAUGACGAAAUUCAUGCCUGGCUGGCUACUUUCCAGACCCCCGACGAGCACGACAAACACGGCGAACAGGCGCAGCCCGGCCAUCCGCGAAAGCGACGCCGCAUCCCUCCUGACUCCGAGUCGAGGGUUUCAUUAUCGCCGGCAUCGUCACACUCGCCCUGUUCCGCUUAUUGUCUCGUGGAAUCCACGCCUCUCACAGGACUCAAACAAAAGCAUGACGGCAGCCAGCAGCACAACGACGGCGACGAAGAGCAAAGCGCGAGCCCUUCCCAAUAUCCACGACAUCCAUUCCACGCCGCGAGCGUCACAGCUCAACGACCGAUGAAUCGCACGCACAUCCACGCCUAG